AUGGUAUUUGCAGUACGUGCUCAUGGCCUUCUCUUCCUCAAGAACAAAAAUGGGGGCACAAGCCUGCUUUCUUCGAUUCUGCUACAUCGCCCCCUUUAUUGGGCUUCGCUCGGUAGCAUGUUGACAAUCUGCUCAGCACUUUUGACUCGGCUGAUCCAGCUCGCACUUGAGGAUAUUAAAUCAAUUUCAACUUUGUUUGCAACUGCGGCUUUGCUUCUGGCAUGGACAUGUGCAAUAGUUCUCAAUUACAUCGAGAGCCAGAUUAGCACCCGAUCAUCCACUUGGAUCUACGGUUUCUAUGCUAUUUCCAUUGUUGCUGCGGCGAUCAAUCUUAGGACUAUGAAUGAUACUCAUUUGAAUGGACAGCCUCAGUUUAUUUCAUUCUGUGUUUACUUGACUGCCCUUUGUGUUGGAUUUAUUCUCGAGAACUGGCCACGGUCUACUUCUACUUCUUCAAAUACUACACUUUAUACUGAUGCUAAUGCUGAGGAAAAGGAAUGGGAGAAGCCUACGGCUUAUGAUCAAGCCAACCUACUGUCUCGUCUCUGUUUUGCAUUUCUGGAUCCUAUCAUCAUGAAAGGUUUUGGCCGGCCCUUGGUAGAUGACGAUAUUGCCAAUAUGAUGCCUCGGCGGAUUAGAACUGUCUACAGCUAUACCCUUAUCUCGGCAGUCUGGGACCGCCAUCUGCAAAAGCGCCAUAAUGCUUCCUCCAAGAAGACGCCUUCACUGCUCUGGGUGAUCUUCAGAGCUAGUGGUUGGGCAUGGUUAUCGGUGGUUGGGCUUGCAUUGCUAGAGUCCAUUCUGGUAUUCAUACAGCCAAUUCUCUUGGAUAUUAUCUUGGACUUUGUAGCAUCUUAUUCGACUGACCAGUCUCAGCCAACAUCCUUGGGUGUCAUACUAGCCGUUGGGAUGUUUGCAGCCGCUAUCCUGGCCUCAAUAACUAAUGGCCAGUACUUCCAACAGAGUACCAACCUGGGUAUCGAGCUUAAAUCUGGCCUAAUCUCGGUCAUCUACCGUAAGUCUCUUAAACUCUCUCCCGACGCAAGGCGCGGCGCCACCGUGGGUGAAAUCAUGAACCACAUGUCAGUCGAUGCAGAGAGAGUUGCGCAGUCGGUCACGUAUCUGCCUUUGAUUAUUUCGUCGCCCUUCGAGAUAGCGGUUGCUACCUGGCUACUGUAUCGCCAAAUGGGUCCAAGCGGCUUAACAGGCCUCGGUGUUGUGGUCUUGACGAUGCCUGCACAGUGGCUGAUCGCAAAGGUCCUGAACAGGGCCAAGGACAAGAAGCUCUCAACUAUGGAUGAACGAGUUCGACUCUUAUCAGACAUUCUGUCUGGUAUUAAAGCUGUCAAGUUGUACUCAUGGGAAAAAUCUUUUACUCUCAGACUUAAGGCUUUUCGCAGGGUCGAACUAAAGUACUUGAUGCAAAUCGGUAUCGCAACCGCAUUUAUGAUGAUCAUGUAUAGUUCAUUACCUUCCUUGAUGGCUUUGCUCUCAUUCGUCGUGUACGCUAUGGCAGGGGGCCCCAAUGGCUCUCAGGGGGUCAUGUCUGCCCGGGUUGUCUUUGUCAGCAUCACGCUCUUCAAUCGACUCUCCAUGCCGAUCGGAAGAGCCUCUCAGAUCAUUGGCCAAGCUAUCUCGCUCAACGUAGCUGUUAAACGAAUCCAAACGUUCUUGCUACAGGAAGAGAUGGAUGAAAAUCAAGUCGAAUUCAAUGUUCGCCCUCCUCCGGGCCCUUGCAACGAGAGUCCUGCCCUGGUAAGCAACAGUGGGGCUGCGACCAACCAGAGUGGAUAUAACCAACCUCUCGCAAUCAAUGUGGCCGACGGCACAUUUAAUUGGACUAAUCUUAGUGUCGCCACGAAUUCAAAGGAAAGGUCACCAACAGACAAGGGUCAACAGCGUGCAACCCUCUGCGACAUCAAUCUUGAGGUUCCAUACGGCUACCUCACUGCUAUCAUGGGUCGUGUGGGUCAGGGAAAGUCCUCAUUGCUCAGCGCUAUCAUCGGAGAGAUGUACAAGGAGAAAGGAACAGUCAAGUUGAACGGCCGAGUGGCUUAUGUUGCGCAGGAAGCGUGGAUCAUGAACUGCUCUGUGAAAGACAACAUCCUUUUUGGCAAGCCUUUAGACCAAGAAAGGUAUGAGCAGGUGUUAAGGGCUUGUUCACUCACUCAGGACCUAGAGAUGCUUCCCGCUGGGGAUCAAACUGAGAUUGGGGAGCGUGGAAUUAACCUAUCCGGCGGACAGAAACAGCGUGUGUCUCUUGCGCGUUCAGCAUAUCAGGAUGCAGAUAUUUACCUAAUGGACGAUCCUCUAAGUGCAGUGGAUGCUCAUGUGGACCAGCAUCUGUGGAACAAUCUCAUCGGACCAAAUGGGCUCUUAAAAGACAAGACACGCCUUUUAGUCACACAUGGAAUCCACCAUCUGCCAGAGAUGGAUCAUAUUGUGGUUAUCAAGGAUGGCCUGAUUGUAGAGCAAGGGCAGUAUGCAGACCUGAUGACAUCAGGGGCUCUAUUCGCCCAAUUAAUUAAUGAAUAUUCUCACAAGGGGAAUGAGCCUGAAAGCCCUACAGCGUCUGCAGCAGCAGGAGCAGUAACAAUAGAAUCAGAGGAUAUGGCUUCUAAGGGCUAUAGCCGCACCCAAGACAUCUUCAAUGCGGAGGAGUUGCAAGGCCAUAGAGGAGAUAAAGAGGCAGAUACUGAUGCACGAACAACCGUACUGGCUCAAGAGGCUUCCACAACUGCUAUUAAAGGAGACGAUAAUGCAGAGCUGAUAAUGGAGGAAGAGGCUGCGCAAGGAAGUGUUGGCUGGAGCGUAUUCAUGCGCUACUGUAAAGCAGCCUCUUACAUUUUAUCAGUUCUAAGUGCUUUGGGCUUCGUUGGCUCACAAGCUAGUCAAAUCAGCAUUAGUAUUUGGUUGAAAGAAUGGGCCGGACAAGAGGGGCGAGGAGAGCAGUCCUCAGUGCCCAAAUUUCUGGGAGUUUAUGCAGCUUUUGUAGCACUUUACAUUCUCUUUGAUCUGGGCGCUAAUGUCAUCAUCCUGGCUCUAGGCGGCGUUCGUGCCACACGCGUUCUACAUGAUAAUCUCCUCGAUAAUGUAAUGAGACUCCCAAUGAGCUUCUUUGACACAACACCUGUUGGGAGAAUUGUCAAUCGAUUUUCGUCAGAUGUCGAUAAUGUAGAUGAGCUAAUUCCUAUUGCUAUCAGCGAUGUUUAUUACUUCUCAACCACUGUCUUGGGCACAUUGAUUGUCAUUUCUAUUUCCCUACCUAUCUUCUUAGCCUUGGUCCCUUUAUUGAUUGGGCUGUACCUUAUAUUCCAGAUCUUGUUCAUCCGAUCCAGUCGGCAACUUAAGCGAAUUCACUCCAUUUCUAAAUCGCCACUCUAUCAACAUUUUGGGGAGACACUCGCUGGGAUUUCGACCAUCAGAGCUAUGCGUGUCCACGAGCGAUUCAUUCAAGAAAAUGCCAUGAAAUCCGACCGUUCCUCGAACGCUAAUUUCGUAUACACGAUCGUUAUCCGCUGGCUUCAUAUUCGGCUUGAAUUCUUGGGAGCCUUAAUUAUUUUUGCUACCGCGCUUUUGGCAGUAUUGGGCAAGAGAACAUUGGGAGCUGAGAUCGCAGGCUUAGCACUGUCAUAUGCGUUGAAUACUACGUUUGCAAUCACCUGGAUGAUGAAGGCGUUGUCGGAGCUUCAAAACCAGCUCGUCUCUGUGGAGCGUAUUCACGAGUAUUCAGUUAAGAAUCAGGAAGCACCUGCGUCAUUGCCUACAGAUGCUAAUCUGCCAAGCAACUGGCCAAGCGAGGGCCGGAUCGAGUUCAAGAACUACUCUACACGGUACCGUCAAGGAUUGGACCUAGUAGUUAAGGGUGUCUCGUUCGAGGUGAGCCCUGCGGAACGAAUUGGUAUCGUAGGACGAACAGGCGCAGGGAAGUCAUCUUUGACAUUGGCUUUAUUCCGUAUAAUUGAGGCUGCCAAUAGUCAUUGGGCCAAGGCAAGUCACAACGGGCCUGACACACGGUUGCUUGAGAUAGAGUCAUCAGCUAUGCCAAAGGUGCCCAGUGAUUCAAGAGAGGAUGACGUGGAAGAGGCAAAGCUGGAGACCAUGCAGGUAGAGGAAGAUGGUGGGUCGAUUGAAAUUGAUGGUGUCGAUAUUUCAACUGUGGGGCUGCAUCAACUCCGUCAGCAUUUGGCCAUCAUUCCACAAGACCCUACACUCUUCUCUGGCACCGUCCGCGAAAACUUGGAUCCAUUUCAUCAAGCGACCGAUGCAGAGAUCUGGGAAGCUUUGGAUCGAGCUCAUUUGAAGGACCAUAUUUCUUCAUUGACGAAUGGACUCUCGUUUGAAGUUGCACAGAAUGGGGAGAACUUCUCAGUAGGACAGAGGUCGCUAUUGUGCUUGGCUCGUGCGCUGCUUCGCAAAACCAAAGUACUAGUUUUGGACGAGGCAACUGCAGCUGUGGAUGUGGAAACGGACGAGCUAAUUCAGAAGACGAUUCGAAAGGAGUUCCAGGACCGAACGAUUUUGACGAUUGCUCACCGCAUCAAGACCAUUAUGGAUUACGACAAGAUCCUAGUCUUAGAGAAGGGGCAAGUCGAGGAGUAUGAUACCCCUGCCAAUUUAUUGCGAAAGAAGGGUCUGUUUUACAGCCUUGCAAAGCAAGCUGGACAGGCAACUUAG